AUGUGGCGCUGUCUGGUGCCGAAUCUGUUGUGGCGGCAAAGGAGACAAUGUGGCCUUUCUGCCAUUCUUGCACAGAGACCGGGCUGGCAGAACCCGACUCGUCGCUCGCUCACCGGUCUGCCUAAUCUGCAUGAACUGUUUGCUAUGCCGGCUCUGCAGCGCUUCAUGGAGCGCCAGCAACAGCCCGAGCAUUGCAGCAGCCCUCGGUCGCAGUUAACAGCGCUGAUUCGCCUCUUGGGGGCCAAGGAGCAGGAACUGCGCGACACGGAGCUCCUGGCGCGGGAAGAUGAAAACGAAGAUUUGCAGAAGCUUGCAGAAAAAGAAGUUGCUUCCUGUUACAAAGAGAUAGCAGAAUUAAAACUCCAGAUAGUAUUGCAUUUGAUUCCUUCAGAAGAAACAGAUGAAAGUGAUCUCAUCCUAGAAGUGACUGCUGGAGUUGGGGGGCAAGAAGCAAUGCUGUUACACUAUGCUGCAUAUAAAAGUUGGAAUUUUGAAAUUCUGGAAUAUAUGUCCAGUGAUAUAGGUGGUUUGAGACAUGCGUCUGCCAGUGUAGUAGGCCUUGAAGCUUAUAGGAACAUGAAGUUUGAAGGAGGAGUACAUCGUGUACAACGCAUACCUAAAACAGAGAAACAAGGCCGCAUUCAUACUAGCACAAUGACAGUAGCAGUAUUACCACAACCAAACGAGAUAAAUCUGACAAUUAAUCCCAAGGAAUUGCAUAUUGAAACAAAGCGUGCUAGUGGAGCUGGUGGUCAGCAUGUAAACACUACAGACAGUGCUGUACGAAUAGUCCAUAUUCCCACAGGUGUGGUAGCUGAAUGUCAACAAGAAAGAUCUCAAAUCAGAAAUAAAGAAAUGGCUAUGCAAAUGCUUCGUGCCAAAUUAUACAGUAUCAAACUUGAAGAAGAGUCAAGAAAGAGAGACACUGCUAGAAAGAUUCAGAUCGGAACCAAAGGGAGGUCUGAGAAGAUCAGAACGUACAGCUUCCCACAGGAUCGAAUUACAGAUCACAGAAUAACCAGAUCGGUGUAUCAUAUUGAAAAAUUCCUCUUGGGAGAAGAAUUGCUAGAUGAAAUGAUACAGUCCCUAAGCGAAUAUGCUGACUAUGAGACUCUAAUGGAACUUAUUUCAGAAAGUGGUCCAACCAGGCUGAGCUGAUGUUCAUCACAUUCUAUCACCACAGGAUAUACACUGGAAAAUACUUUUAAAGCAAUCCAAAGCCACUUUGAAAAAUGAAGCGUGA